UCAUCUUUCACCUUCAAAAUACAUUUAUUUUCCUCCCACUCUAGCCUCUCCCCCACUUCAUCCUGUUUCUGUCAACUAUCUCCUAAAACAUCAAUAAUUCAUGCAUGGCCUGAUUUAGAAUCCAAAAGAAAAAUGGAUAGAGGAAAAGAACUUGUGGAGGGAUCGUCAAGAUCUGGCGAUCCCCCGCCAUCACCAAGCCGAUACGAGUCACAAAAACGACGAGAUUGGAACACAUUUAGGCAGUACAUGAGGAACCAAAGGCCUCCAGUAUCAUUGUCACAGUGUACUAGCACCCACGUGCUUGAAUUCCUGGGCUAUCUGGAUCAGUUUGGAAAGACUAAAGUUCAUAUGCAAGGCUGCAUAUUUUAUGGAGAUCCAGAGCCUCCUGCCCCUUGUACUUGUCCGCUGAGACAAGCUUGGGGCAGCCUCGACUCACUCAUAGGAAGGCUAAGAGCUGCAUAUGAAGAAAAUGGAGGAUCUUCGGAGACUAAUCCGUUUGCUAGCAGUACAAUUCGUCUCUACUUAAGGGAAGUGAAGGAGGGCCAAGCAAAGGCCAGAGGGAUUCCUUACAAAAAGAAGAAGAAAAAGAGCAAAGGAGAUGAUGAUUCCACUACUGGAGGAGCCGACUUUCCUAAUCUUCAUUAGAAAAAAAUAUGGAUGAUACGUGCCAAGUCUGGAAAAGAGAUGGUGGGAAAGGUGCAGGAGCUCUAUUGAUCAGAUGAGUUCCAGAUGGAUCCAAAUUCAGGCUGCAUUUUCAAUUCGCUGCGAAAAUAAAUCUAAGGCCUAGUUCAUA